ACUGCCGUCAGCCGUUUCUCUCCCACUCACUCACUCUCUGUGUGUUCUUCUUCAUUUCCAAGCCGGUAAGCUCUCCCUCUCUCUCGCCGCAAAGAAGUUCGCCACGAAGAAGUUCACUCUCCGUCUUGGUUUUGCACGGAGCGAGAAGAAAAGCUGUAAAGCUUUUCGAGUAGUCAAUGGCAUCAACUUUUACAGCCAUGUCUUCAGUUGGCUCCUUGGCUGCUCCUAGCUGCUGUGUUAUGGAUAAGAAACUUGCUCCUCCUUUGGACAAGUUGUCAUCUUCUGCUUCCAUUUCUUCGUGCUCAUUUGUUAGGAGGCAUAAUGUGAUGUCACGAGGAAAUCACUCUCCCAAGAUUUGUGCCAUGGCAAAGGAAUUGCACUUCAACAAGGACGGCUCGGCUAUUAAGAAAUUGCAAACUGGUGUGAACAAGCUUGCGGAUCUGGUUGGGGUUACUCUUGGUCCAAAGGGCAGGAAUGUUGUUCUGGAAAGCAAGUAUGGCUCCCCAAAAAUAGUUAAUGAUGGCGUUACUGUGGCAAAAGAGGUCGAGUUGGAGGACCCAGUUGAGAAUGUCGGUGCUAAGUUAGUGAGACAAGCAGCUGCCAAGACCAAUGAUUUGGCUGGUGAUGGAACCACAACGUCUGUUGUUCUUGCACAAGGUCUUAUUGCUGAGGGUGUCAAGGUGGUGGCAGCUGGUGCGAACCCUGUUUUAAUUACUCGAGGUAUUGAGAAGACCUCAAAGGCUCUAGUGUCUGAGCUUAAGUUGAUGUCAAAAGAGGUUGAAGACAGUGAGCUGGCUGAUGUGGCAGCAGUUAGUGCUGGAAACAACUAUGAAGUUGGAAAUAUGAUAGCUGAAGCCAUGAGUAAGGUGGGUCGUAAGGGUGUGGUGACUCUAGAAGAAGGGAAAAGUGCUGAGAAUAGCCUCUAUGUUGUUGAAGGAAUGCAAUUUGACCGUGGUUACAUCUCACCUUACUUUGUCACAGAUAGUGAGAAAAUGGCAGUUGAAUACGAAAAUUGCCAGUUGCUUCUUGUUGAUAAGAAAAUAACAAAUGCAAGGGAUCUUAUCAACGUUCUGGAGGAAGCUAUUAGAGGUGGAUACCCAGUUUUGAUAAUUGCAGAAGACAUUGAACAAGAAGCUCUCGCAACUCUGGUUGUGAACAAGCUUAGAGGAGCUCUGAAGAUUGCUGCGCUCAAAGCCCCUGGUUUUGGAGAGCGCAAGAGCCAAUACCUUGAUGACAUUGCCAUUCUUACUGGAGGAACUGUAAUUAGAGAUGAGGUGGGGCUUACCUUAGACAAAGUUGGCAAGGAGGUACUCGGUCAUGCUUCUAAGGUGGUGCUUACCAAGGAUACUACUACGAUUGUUGGUGAUGGAAGCACACAGGAAGCAGUAAACAAGAGAGUUGCACAGAUUAGAAAUCUAAUUGAGGUUGCAGAGCAAGACUAUGAGAAGGAAAAAUUAAAUGAAAGGAUUGCGAAAUUGUCUGGUGGUGUUGCUGUGAUACAGGUUGGUGCACAAACUGAGACAGAGCUCAAAGAAAAGAAACUGAGAGUCGAAGAUGCUCUCAAUGCAACUAAGGCUGCUGUUGAGGAAGGUAUUGUAGUUGGUGGUGGAUGCACCUUGCUGAGACUUGCAUCAAAGGUGGAUGCCAUCAAGGACAGCUUUAACAAUGAUGAAGAAAAGGUUGGAGCAGAUAUUGUCAAAAGGGCUUUGAGUUACCCUUUGAAAUUGAUUGCCAAGAAUGCUGGUGUUAAUGGAAGUGUGGUUAGCGAGAAGGUGCUUUCCAGUGACAACCCUAAAUAUGGAUAUAAUGCAGCAACUGGAAAAUAUGAAGAUUUAAUGGCUGCAGGAAUAAUUGAUCCAACUAAGGUGGUGAGGUGUUGCCUUGAGCAUGCAGCCUCGGUGGCAAAAACAUUCUUGAUGUCAGACUGUGUAGUUGUUGAAAUCAAGGAGCCUGAAUCAGUACCUGCUGGGAACCCCAUGGACAAUUCAGGAUACGGCUACUAAGGUGGAUUGACGAGAAAGGUGGAACCUGUGUGGUAGCCAAAGAGAUGCUAGGGUUUUUAUUUUUUUGUAAAAUUAUUUAUCUGCCAGCAUAAGAGAUUCUGGUGAGGCUAGCUCGCUGGAGUGCGGCAUAUUUUCCAGGCUUAAAGCAUAAAAGAGCAAUGCCAUUACAAGUUCAACGUUGGGUCAUAGAUGCGAAUGCUCUUUUGGUGAUUUUCGUUCUUUUUAACCCAAUCAGCUCGCACACGCCCUCUAAAGAUUCGACACGCAUUGCAUUGCAUUGCAUGCAUUUAUAAUUGUCAGACCCUCUACGUGGUAGAAUAUGUCAGAUUGCAUGUGGAAA